CAGCUGUUUGCCCCGGCAAUGACGUCACGCGUGAACAGUCAAUUUCUUGUAUUUUGAUUGGUAUUAUCAAAUUAGUAUCGCAUUUAUCUGCAAAUACUUGACUAAACAUAAAUAAACACGUGCUAAUCAGGGCUCGACAAUGUCGCCGGCGAUUGCGACAAGUGGUUAAAGGCCUAACACAAUGGCAAAACAAUCAGCGGCCGACGAGGCGCAAAGAAGCUAAACAGGAAGAAUCGUUAGAAAAGUUCAUAAAUAAUAAUAUAAAAAUGGAAGUGCCAGUGCAUCCGCUAAGCCAAGACCCCACAUCCGCUUGGAAGGAGAUCAGCAAAACGCAGCGGGUGAUCAAGGUGACGAUGAAGCCACCUACCACCACAGUGGCUCCCAACAAGGCGCGAGUGGUUUGCAUGUCCGACACGCACUCCUUGACGCCCUACAUUAAGUUCGACAUACCAGAUGGCGAUAUAUUCAUUCAUGCCGGAGAUUUCACCAAGUGCGGCCAGCUGGAGGAGGUGGAGGAGUUCAACACUUGGAUUGGAGCACUGCCCCACCGUCACAAGAUCGUGAUUGCUGGCAAUCAUGAGCUCAGCUUCGACAGAACCUUCACUCAUCCUUUCCAGAAGAGCAAAGCUCAUGCUUCGAGCAGCAAACACACUGGAAUGUCCAUCCUCGAUGAUCUGCCCACCUUGGGCAAUGCCAAGGAGAAUUUGGAGAGCGCUGUGCAAACGCAGAAUGUCCGAGAUGUUUUGACCAACUGUCGGUAUUUGGAGGAUGAACUGCUCGAGAUUUGGGGCAUUCAAAUUUAUGGAUCACCAUGGCAGCCAGAAUUCUGCCGCUGGGCCUUUAAUGUCCCGCGUGGGACUGCAUGUUUGGACAAGUGGAAUCAAAUCCCGGAAGGCAUCGACAUUCUGGUUACCCACACGCCGCCCGUGGGUCAUGGAGAUCUCUGCUGUUCCGGCGUAAGAGCCGGUUGCGUGGAGCUACUCAGCACAGUUCAGCAACGAGUGCGCCCGAAAUACCAUGUUUUUGGACAUGUGCACGAAGGCUACGGCAUCACCAGCGAUGGCAGGAUCAUCUUUGUGAAUGCCUCGACCUGUGACAUCAAUUACCUACCCAACAAUGCCCCCAUCGUUUUCGAUGUGACGCUGCCCCCCGGAUUUCGCAAGGACUAGUAUACCUAAAUGGAUAUUUAUUGUGUCAGGUUCAAUGAAUUUAUUUUCGUCCCACUUUAAAUAUAAGUUGAAAUAUUUUGGUGCACAAAUGUAGGUGCCUGGAGAGGUUGAAUUUAAUUUGCACGAAAUAAUCACUCUUUAGAGAAACAAAUGAAUACUUAAGAUGCCAUAAAAUAUUUAUUCAAGUAGAGUGCAUUUGUCAAUAUAUAAAUUUGUAAAAAUAAAUCACUUCUGAGGACACCUAAA